AGAUUCCAAAAUAUCACAUGGCUGGCUACAGCAAAAAAAUAUCCCCAAUCGAUCUGCCAUCCAGUCGGGAUGAUCUGAGUAUCUCUGGUGACAGUAUUAGCGAGGAUGACGCUCCGUCUGGGUCAGCUGGUAUCAGCAGACUGUCCAAGUUUAUCAACUGGAAACGACAAUCACCCCGUAAAGAAACAAAAUCGACUGACGAGAGGGUCUACAAUGAUAAAUUAGAAGAAGAAGCACGCGUUGAACGCGACAGAUCAAAGUUUGAAGCUCGUGUCAUACUCAAUAUCGAAUCUGCGAUGUAUGAUACCCAUCAGCUUAUACAUACCCAGAAUGAGAGUCUAGAGUCACGGAUGAAGGAGGUUGAGCAUAAGAAUAAAUUCCUAGCAAAGCACCUCCUCGAGACUGACAGCAGGCUUGCUGAGCAAACAGAAAAGAUACGCGUCUUAGAACAGACCAACAAAGAUCUCAGCACGCGUAAUAAACAAUUCGAGGAUAGACUGACCAGUCCAGACGACAGCCAACAAGAGUUACAAGAGUUGCGCACUGUCGUCGGAAAACUCCAAUCUGAUUUGAAGGGACUCUCAGUCUUAGCCUUGGAGAGGAUACAAGGGUUAGAGAAAACGGUCGAAAAAGGCGAAGUAUCGCAUCACAAGAAGAAUAGUAGCAGUCUGUCAAGCGUGAGGGACGAGAACACACCAACGGUAAAAUCACCAACUGUGAAGUCACCAACUAAACAGCAAGCGGUGAAGAGAUCUCCAGGGUCUCCCGUUAAGCAGUCGCCAGCGAUAAAGGCCAGAGCCAAGCAAUUCACAUAGGUCAAUGUACUAAUAGAUGAGUUGAGCAAAUAAAUUAUUAACUUAAUUAUUACAUUCUAUGCAUCCGGUAAACCUUCCAUGAUUACUGGUUUUGGUGGUGUUCUUCUACGUUGGCGUUGUUUGCUAAUCCAGGUGACAUUCUCAAGGAUGUACUCGAUACACCUCUCGGUCCUCACUUUAAGAUCUUGAGCUACACUACGUCUUGUGUAGUCGAGUGUGAAUCUGAAGCUGAGCCAUGUAUAGAGUACUAGUGAUCUAUGUAGACUCUCAAGUGAGUUGAGUGUAUCUGGUGAUAGCGGCUUCUUAUAUGCAGGAUUUCCGAUUACUUUUUCAACAUCCUUGAGCUCCUUGAGACCGAGUCCCUCCAGUGACUUUAUGGGUUCAAUCGUCUCACCGCUUGCCUGUGCAUCAAUAAAUCUACACAAUGCAGCAACAACGUUCGCAUCACGUGUAUUACAUGGCGCCAUUGCAAAUCUAUAUGCAUCAUCUAUCGGUAACUGCGAGAGUGGUUCGUUAGCUAUGGCAGCCAUUUGCAGAAGAUUUUGAUUUGAAGUGACGAAAUAGUUGUUAGAGACUCGCAAUAAACCAGUCAGCGUUUUUAUCAGAUCACCUAGUGAUGCCCGAGAAGGCAUGAGGUUGUUCAAAUCUUUCAAAGCAUCAGUCGAUAUACCGAUAGCAGCCUUGUUGAUAGUUGGUAUCUUGGCGCUAAUUGCUCUUUCUAAGAUUUGCAAAUCCAUUGGAUUAAGAGUGGUAGCUACACCGGAUUGAUCAUCUUCGUCUUCAACCUUGGCAUUAUUUGUCUCUAUGAUAUUUUCUUUCUCAUUUACUCCAUAGCGACCAGCACGUCCUGCAAUUUGCUUCAUUUGUGAUAUAGACAGAGGUACUUCCUUAACCCCAUUCCAUUUGUGCACUGUCUCGAAGACGACACGGCGGAUUUCAAAUUCAGACCCAUUCCGAUGGCGUCUGAAGCUACCAUAACAUCGUAGCCGCUAUCCUUGUCAUUGAAGAGCUUCGCUUGUUCUGCUCGAGUUUCAGGUGGAAGACCACCAUACGCGACUGCGCAACGGAGGCCAGUUGCAUCCUCAAUCUUCCUCUUAAGAGCCCAUAUACCACUUCUACUGAACGUGACAACACAAUCUCCCUUUCUAACAUUCUUGAGUGUGCUUAAUGGUUUACCGAUUCGCAAUUCAGUCAGACGUUUAUAGCGAUUAACGAUAAUCUCAUCACCAGUCUCUUUUGCAAUUCGUUCUAGCAACUCAACGACGGUUUCUUCACCACAUAUGUGGAGUUCUUUAGCUCUCAUGCCCAACACGGCAGCUGUCCAAGCUGGGCCUCUUGAAUCGUCGGCUAUCAACUGAAUUUCAUCGAUAACACCAACAUCAAUUUCAUGUUCGAGUGGAACCAUUUCAACUGUACAACUCUUAAGGCCUGACUCUGGAUCAACUAUGCGAACCUCCUCGCCAGUGUAUAAAUUGCAUGUUUUUUUCCAUCUGUACCAAUACCUGGACUAAUGGUGCCUUGAUUCAGACGGAGGAAUAUUUCGUGAGCCAGCAACCUCAAUGGACCGGCAUAGAUACCAGUUUUGGCUCUAGAUAGCGCCAAUAACGCACUAUGAGUCUUUCCACUGUUCGUUGGACCAACAUGUAAUAUCAAUUUCCUGCGCAUAGUCCGCGCCUUCGAGUAUUUAAGUGAUGGCUGUCGGAAAUCUGUGAUAGCAUCAACAGAGGCAAUGUUUUGACUGAUUAAACGUUGCUGUAUUGUUCUCUCGAUGAUUUUAUUACGGGACACGCUCUCUGUUACAGCCCCCAUAUCAAACUUCCAUCCAAGUUCUUCCAUUUCCCGCAAAGAACGUGAGCUGAACUGCUGUUUGACAUCUUCCCGAAACUGUUUGAGCUUCCGCCUAGCUGUUGAUUGCGUCAGGCCAAAAUUUGUGAGGAGUUGUACUGCAUCAUGGGAUUUGCAAUAGUCGUUCAAAACGUAGUCAAUCCUAGCUUUGAAAUUUAAACUGGGAGAUUUAUCCUUGAGCGUCGAUUGUAAUUUACUCCUUAAAUUAGCAUGGCUAGGUCGAAAUAAAGCCCUUGCAGUUUGUUGCAUAUACUGGUGGUAUUGAUGAGAGAAUGUACUUGAUGUAUUUAAUAUAUUAUUUUAUAUAAUUUAUAUCUUUAUUACACAAAACCCCUUUAUAUUCUACAUCCAUUAGCUAACGACUAACAAACAAUGAAGAGACUCAUUAACAAAUACGAUAACGCAAGGCCGAC